GCGAGCGGAUGCUGGUUCGAGUCGCGGUGAGGACGCGAGAACGGCGAGGCGCGACCAAUUGGCCGAGCAGUUAUAUUAUCGUGUAAAUGACGUCGCCGUAGCCGAGGCGAAUCGAGAGGCAAACAGCGCGGGAAAGUCUGUUGUGUCCUGUGACGUAUUAACGCGGGGCUCUCGGUCGCGCGUACGCUACUUGCAUUUUUUAUAAAUAACACUGGGUCGCGGCAGCAGGUGGCAGGCGGAGUUGCGCGAAUUGGUAAAUGGGAAUUUAAUGGCGUAUGAGGGAGGGAUAUAAUAUUAUCGAGAACGGUUCAAGUAUGAGAUGUGAGCGAUCGAACGACGCCCGUAAAUAAUUCUCACGUUACGUGCAUCCCACUGUGCUUGCGAGGGCGAGAAAGUGCACGGAGGUCGUCGGGUUGGAAGAGGAAGAGUGACAUGGAUCCGUAUUCGUAUAGCCACGGAUCUGGGGAACCGGGUUCCGACAUCUUCGUCAAGGAGCACAUUGACGUGAAACGAGUUCUCCCUUCGCUCUUCAAUAUCAAAGUGCUGGGAGAAAGAGGAUUUGGGACGAAAUCCAGAAACGAUGUCCAAGAUUUUAAUCAACUAAGACAACAAUGUCUUUCCGAAGGAGUACUCUUUGAAGAUCCAGAAUUUCCAGCUGAAGAUCAUUCUAUAUUUUAUUCCAAAAGACCAGCGAGAUAUAUAGAAUGGAGACGUCCAAUGGAAAUAGCUGACAACCCUCAGCUUUUUGUCGAGGGCUAUUCGAGAUUCGACGUCCAACAAGGCGAAUUGGGUGAUUGUUGGUUGCUCGCCGCUGUAGCCAAUUUAACAUUGCAUCCACAUUUGUUCUUCCAAAUUGUACCCGAAGAUCAAAGCUUUAAUGACAAUUAUGCGGGUAUAUUUCAUUUUAGAUUUUGGCAAUACGGCAAGUGGGUGGACGUAGUGAUCGACGAUCGCUUGCCCACAUACGAUGGCCGUCUAUUGUAUUUGCGCUCGGCAGAGGACAAUGAAUUCUGGAGUGCUCUCUUGGAGAAGGCCUAUGCAAAGUUGCAUGGUUCGUACGAGGCCCUUAAGGGUGGCUCCACCUGCGAGGCUAUGGAGGACUUUACCGGUGGUGUCACCGAGAUGUACGAGAUGGAUGAGACACCGCCCAAUCUCUUUAGCAUUUUACUCAAGGCCUACGAAAGAAAUUCAUUAAUGGGCUGUUCUAUCGAGCCCGAUCCAAAUAUUUUGGAAGCAAAUACACCCCAGGGUCUCAUUAGAGGACACGCAUACAGUAUCACUAAAGUGAAAUACGUGGAUAUUCAAACACCAGGACAGUCGGGAAAAAUUCCAUUACUGAGAUUGAGAAAUCCAUGGGGUAACGAAGCUGAAUGGAAUGGCGCUUGGAGCGAUGGAUCACCAGAAUGGAGAUUUAUACCCGACUAUGAAAAAGAAGAGUUGGGACUGACAUUUGACAUUGAUGGUGAAUUUUGGAUGUCUUUCCAAGAUUUCAAACACUAUUUUACAAGAUUAGAAAUUUGUAACUUGAAUCCCGAUUCUUUAACGGAAGAUGAUCUUAACGCAGGCAAGAAAAAAUGGGAAAUGAGUGUAUUUGAGGGCGAAUGGGUGAGGGGAGUUACAGCGGGUGGUUGUAGAAACUUUUUAGAAACAUUCUGUCACAAUCCACAGUAUCGUAUAACUUUAGAAUAUCCAGAUGAAGAUGAUGAUAAAUGUACUGUUAUCGUUGCAUUGAUGCAAAAAAAUAGAAGACAACAAAAAAGAGUAGGUGCCGAUUGUCUCACAAUUGGCUUUGCCAUAUAUCAUUUGGAAAAUCCAGACUAUGUACCGAAACCCAUAGAUAUUAAUUUCUUUAAAUAUAACGCAUCGGCAGCACGUUCGCCAUCAUUUAUUAAUUUGCGAGAAGUCAGUUGCCGCUUUAAAUUACCACCUGGAGUGUAUUGUAUAAUUCCCAGUACAUUCGAUCCUAACGAAGAAGCUGAAUUUUUGCUUCGUAUAUUCUCAGAAAAUAAAAGUACACUGGAAGAAAAUGACGAGGAGGUUGGAAUAGGUGAUGUUGAUGAUACGGUACUAAAUCCUACCCAAAGUAAUAUCGAUGAUGGUGACGACAAGGUUCAACCGGAACCAGUUGAUAGAAAUGAAGAUAAAGUACGAGAAUUCUUUAGAAAACUUGCAGGAGAUGACAUGGAAGUCGAUUGGAUGGAAUUAAAAGAAAUUUUGGAUUAUGCUAUGCGUAAAGAAUUACCAGCACGUCAUAGCGAGGCUCGUAAACCCGAACCCCCACAAGAAGAUGGUUCCUUCAUCGAUACUAUUAUCUCCCUGCUCUGUGGUAUUAUUUGUAAUAAAGAACAGGACAAUAAGACUGAUGUAGAAUUAGAAACACACGAACAAGGCUUCAGUAAAGACGUAUGUCGAAGUAUGGUGGCGAUGCUUGAUAAAGAUCAUUCUGGGAAACUAGGAUUUGAAGAGUUUAAGACAUUGUGGAAUGACAUAAGAAGCUGGCGGGCGAUCUUCAGAUUGUAUGACAGAGACGGCACUGGCUACAUGAGCGCAUUCGAACUGAGAGAAGCACUGAAUAGAGCAGGAUAUAGAUUAAAUAAUCACGUACUUAAUAUUUUAGUACAUAGAUAUGGUACGCAAGAAGGAAUGAUAGCAUUUGACGAUUAUAUUAUGUGUGCUAUCAAAUUGAAAUCCAUGAUUGAUAUCUUCCGAGAAAAAGAUCCACGACAUACAAAUUUAGCAACUUUUACAAUGGAAGAAUGGAUCGAGAAAACAUUAUACUCAUAAGUUAUUAAAACGAAUCCAUUAUUGGGUUAAACAUUGAAAAAGAAAAAAAAAGGUAGAGCAUAUUUACUUGCCAAAACAGAGAUGGUAGCCAACAUACUUUGUGAUAAUUAUUAAAAAAUCUCCAAAUUCAUAUUCGAUGGCUUCUUUACUUAUCAUAACUUUUUGAUUAAUUAAUUAGUGUUGUACAUUACAUCUGUUUAACCGUAAUUUGGUGCCGACGUCAUAUAAAUGUUAUAAAUGUAAAUGACUGAUUUCUACUGUUUAUAUAUAUA